AUGGCUGCAGCGCAAUCGAGUCCGAACAGCACCUUUUCUUUGAUUGCUUACUCGCGUCACAGCUAUGAAGUGAGGUCUCGAGACUCGUUGCUCCUUUCUUCGCUGCGCGGCCAACGUGGAUUUACAUUGCGUUGGGGCAAGAGUUGCGAAUACGCGAUGACUGGGAAGCAAAAUAAGGAGGAGGGGUCGGAUGUGGACGCUGCCGCUGCCGCUUACCUGGCAUCUUUAGGCGUGGCUCCUUCUGCUGGCGGCGAAAAGAAGGAUGAUAAGAAAAAGAAGAAAAAGGGCAAGAAGAAGCUGAAUGUUGACGCCAAAAAGGAUGACGAUAGGAAGCCCAUAUCAGCUGCUGCAAAGGCGCUGGUGGAGCGCCAGGCAGCUUUGAAGGCUGAGCAAGAGCGUCUUGAGCAGGAGCGUUUAGAGCAGGAGCGUAUAGCCCAAGAGGAAGAAUCUAAGCGACUGGCCGAAAUUGAGCGCGAGGAAGAAAUACGCCGCAAGAAGAAGGAGGCGCGCGCCGCCAAGAUUGAUCGUCAAAAGAAGGAGGGAACGUACAUGACUAAGGCUCAAAAGCAGAAAGCCGCCAAAGCACAAGCUGCACUCGAAGCGAUGCAGCAAGCAGGUCUUGUACCGGGGGUUGCGGAUGAGAAGAAAAAGGUUGUGUAUGCAUCCCACAAGAAGAAGACCAAGAACACAAAUGAAGUAAAAAAGGAAGGUUCUCAUAAGGAAAAAUCUAAGGCUAUUGCGAACGAAGAGGAAGUGACAUUAGACGACAGGGAAUUAGCUAAAGAAGACGUUGAAUCGCAAGAAAAAGAGGUGGAAGCUCCAGAUGCAUGGGACGACGAAGACUGGGAAAAAAAUGAUGUUGUCGCCUCGCUGGAAGACAAGCUGCAAGAGGCAAAGGAAGAGAAUACCGCUGCCGAAGUCGACAGCGACGGGGAUGAAGACCUGCUGGUGCUGGAGCACAAGAAGGAGCAGGAGCGUUUACGUUUGCAGGGAAUUGCAUUGAAAAAACGUCAGGAGGAGCAGGCCGAGCAGAUGCGUCAGGAUGCCGAGGAAGAGCGUUUGUGCUCUAAAGCCAAGCUUGAAGCCGAGCGCAAGAAAAAAGAGGCUGCAGAGCGUCGACACAAGCGCGAAGCCGAAGCGCGUGCCAAUGUUUCUUUGGACAAUUUGCGCUCACCUAUUUGCUGUAUCAUGGGUCACGUUGACACUGGUAAAACGAAGCUUUUAGACAAUAUUCGUCGCACGAAGGUGCAGGAUGCAGAAGCCGGUGGAAUCACGCAGCAGAUUGGUGCGACAUUCUUUCCUGUGGAGGCCAUCAAGCAGAAGACUGCCAGGCUUGCUGAGGUGAUGCAUCUUGAGUAUCGUCUGCCAGGUCUGCUCGUGAUUGAUACUCCUGGUCACGAGUCAUUCACGAAUUUACGUUCUCGUGGUUCCUCGCUGUGUGACAUUGCGAUUCUAGUUGUAGAUAUCAUGCAUGGGCUGGAGCCUCAGACUUUAGAGUCACUACGCCUAUUGCGUCAAAAGAAAGCUCCUUUUGUGGUGGCGCUCAACAAAAUCGAUCGUUGUUAUGGCUGGAAAACAAUGCUUGACACGCCUGUUCAAGAGGCAUUAAAGCAUCAAAAUGAGCAUGUCAUUCGCGAAUUCGAGGAUCGAAUGAAGUCGAUUAUUGUGGAAUUUGCGGAGCAAAAGCUAAAUGCAGAGGUGUACUGGCGCAAUAAGGACUUGGCACACACGGUUUCACUCAUCCCUACUAGUGCUAUCUCUGGUGAAGGGGUAUCGGACCUGUUGAUGAUGCUCACGCGCCUUACGCAGGAGCGUAUGGCCAGAUCGCUGGCAUUUGUCGAUAUUCUUCAGUGUACUGUGCUGGAAGUGAAGGUUAUUGAAGGCCUAGGUACAACAAUUGAUACAAUUUUAGUAAAUGGAACACUAGAGGAAGGUGCAACAAUUGUUGUCUGCACAUUGGAUGGUCCGGUGGUGACAACAAUCCGAUCGUUGCUCACCCCGCACCCGAUGAAAGAGAUUCGUGUUAAGGGCGAGUACAUCCACCACCAAAAGAUGAAAGCAGCGAUGGGUGUAAAAAUUUGCGCGCAGGGCCUCGAGAAGGCCGUUGCUGGUACACAAAUAUAUACGGUUGGCCCUGAUGACGAUGUGGAAGAAUUGAAAGACUCGGUCAUGUCUGACCUAACAGGUAUACUGGACUCCGUGAAGGCUACCCGCCGCGGUGUCAUGGUUCAGGCUUCCACAUUGGGCGCCUUAGAGGCACUAUUGGAAUUCCUCCGUACGUGCGAUCCGCCCAUUCCAGUGUCUUGCGUCAACAUUGGUCCUGUCCACAAAAAAGACGUGAUGCGUGCUUCAGUGCAGCUUGAGCACCAGCCCGAAUUUGCUACCAUUCUCGCAUUUGAUGUGAAGGUCCACAGCGAUGCCACAGAGCUUGCUACGGAACUUGGAGUGCGAAUUUUCACAGCCGAUAUCAUUUAUCACCUGUUUGAUCAAUUCACGGCAUACAUGGAUAAUUUUCGCAUGGCACGUCGAGAGGAAUUUGCGGAGGUAGCUGUGUUUCCAUGCGUGCUAAAAAUUCUGCCUAAUUGUAUAUUCAACAAGAAGGAUCCAAUUAUUCUUGGUGUCGAUGUUGAGGAAGGUAUCGUCAAGAUUGGUACACCUCUCGUUGUCCCAUCUGCCGGCGGUUUAUAUAUUGGCAAAGUAGGGUCCAUUGAGCGUGAGCAUAAGGAAGUAGACCGCGCCAAAAAGGGCGCAUCUGUAGCUGUGCGGAUAGACAACGAGAGUAGCGUCAUGUACGGCCGUCACUUUGACUCCAAAAAUCAAUUAGUAUCGCGCCUUACUCGCCAGAGCAUCGAUGCAUUAAAAGAAAAUUUCCGGGAAGAUUUGCAGAAGGAGGAUUGGCAGCUCGUCAUUAAGCUCAAAAAGGUAUUCGAUAUCAUUUAG